AUGAAGCAAUUUGAUUGGGGAUGUAAUUCUACUGGGAACGGAGCUACGCAGUAUACUUGUCGUUGUGGGAAUGUUGAUUGGCUCGGCUCAAUUGCAAAUUGUAUAUAUUCAGAGUCUGCAGAUGUUGAAGAAAGAAACCAUGCAUUGAAGCAUGUUGGCACUAGAUGCUAUACUAAAUCUAAGAAGGUUUACGACUAUUCGGUAUUGGACUUUGUUCAAUUCUACGAGAAUGCCACAGAUUUUUUACAGUAUCCUAAUAGUACGAGGGAUAUAGAGGAACAAGUAAUGCAUCCCCUAGAUGUCAACCAAACUGAUUUCAAAUUUUAUUCAGAUUCAUUCCAAAAUGUAAUGGAUCAUGUAAAUAAAACCCAAUGGUUUGGAUGGGGAUUGAAUUUCUAUUGGGUUUUGGUCAUAGUUAUUUCAUUCGUCUAUAACUAUCAUAAAGUAUUAUUGAGAUUUAUACCAAGCAAGCAAUGGAACAGAAUUAAAGGCAGUGUCGUACAAUCGACUUUAUUCAAAAAUCACGAUUAUAACACUAUCUAUUAUUUGGCUGAUUUAAUCCCUAUUAUGCUUCCAUCUACAAUUGAGUUUGCAGCAAUAAGCGUAUUUUGGAUACUUGUUAUCAUAUUCAGCAUUGUUGGUUACAAUAUGAUGCUACCAAAUGCCUACUUAGGAAGCUCAAAGUUUUUCUAUCUAUUGGAUUUCAUAUCAUAUCGUACCUGCAUCAUGUCUUUUUCUCUUUUGCCAUCCAUGUACUUGAUGGGUAUCAGAAAUACUCCAUUAAGUUAUGUCGUAAGUUGGUCAAGAAGAACAUUCAUUAGCUUUCAUAAGACUAUUGCAAUGGCUAUGUCACUCCUAGCAUUUAUCCACUCGUGCGUGUGGACAGCGUAUACGGUCAAGGAAGGAGAUUAUGACAUGUGGGCAGUGGAUGCUUAUUGGAAAUGGGGUAUAGUAUCUAUGGUAUUGUUAGGUUUAAUCUUGCUAACAAGUUUGAAGUGGUUCAGAAGGGUAAUGUAUGAUUUUUUUUUAAUUCUUCACCAUGUUUUCUCAAUUGUGUUUAUUGUCGCUAUUUACUACCACGUCAAUACUUUAGGUUGGUUGGGUUGGUGUUACUCAAUUAUAGCGAUUUAUAGCUGGGACAAGCUCCUAAGGAUAUUCAAAAUUUCAAUAUCAGGAAAACUAAUUAAGAAAUCAAAAAUUGAAUAUUUUGAUGAAUCCAUUAUAAAGCUUUCGAUUCCAAAGGAAGGAAUGAAGUUCAAUUUCAUGCCUGGUCAGUAUACUUUCUUGUAUUUUUUAAAGCCAUAUCCUUUACUCAACGGUUGGCAAUCACACCCUUUUUCACUUUACAUGGAUCCACUCAAACCUAAUUGCAUGACAGCAAUUAUCAAAGUAAAAAAAGGAAUAACCAAAAAAAUAUAUGAGCACGUUUUGAGGCAAUCAAUGAAGGUAUCAAAUGAUCAGUUAGAAAUCCCUUUAGUUAUGGAAGGCGUUUAUGGAAAUUCAAUUUCCUUAUCAGCUAGAUUAAAUCCUAUUCAUGAUUAUGUUUUAGUUGCGUCUGGUAUUGGUAUUACAAGUAUUUAUCCCUAUGUUUUGGAACUAUUAAAUCAAAAGCGUUCUAGCCAAACUAGAAUUCGGUUGUUCUGGGUAGUACGUGAUCUGAACGAAUUGUUAUGGUUUCAGAAUGAAUUAAAAUUUCUAUAUGAAAAUUAUUGUGAUACAAACCAGCCUGAUCCAAUUUUCAGAAUAGAAUUAAUUGUAACACGGAAUUUGAAUUUAGAGAAUCUCGGACUCUCGGGUAAAGAAAAGAAUACCCCUACCCCAAAUUCGUCAUCAUUGACAAGUGUUAGAGAUUGCGUUCACGAAACAGAUCAAGAAGAAAGAAAAAUGUUGGAUGACCAAGAAUUACCGUUAGAAGAGAAGGUUUUAGACAACCACUCAUCAAAAUUCACUUCGUUUAAGAAUAAUUCGUGCUUCAAAAUAUCAAUGUUACCCAUUGGAAGCAGGCCAUGUUUGAAUAAGUUAAUUCGAAUAAAUAAAAUAAAAAAUACUACACAUUUUAUAGUUUGUGGACCAUGCAAAUUUAGUGAUAGUAUUAGGAGUAUGGUUAAUUUAUAUAGAUUAGAAUUAGAUUGCAACUAUGAUAUUGAAUACCACGAAGAAAGCUUCGAGUGGUAA